AUGUCCCCAGCCGUUCAGCAUCCCCAGUCCGCAAGCACCGUCUUCCUGGACCAACCACCCAGUUGUCUCGAGUUCUGUCCAGAAAACCCAAACUAUAUCGUGGUCGGCACGUAUCUUCUAUCAGAAACAAAGACCGAGGAUGGGGGAAUCCAGCAGGCAAAAACUGGGAGUCUACAGCUCUGGAGACUAGAUCCGGACAACAAGACAUUAUCCCUCAUCCAAAGGAUUGCUCUUUCCUACGCAGUCUUUGAUCUCCACUUCCACCCCAGACACCCCAACACGCUUGCCAUUGCGAGUAGCGUGGGGUCAAUAGCUCUGUUCAAAGUAUCAAGUGCCGCUUCUGCGGAAGACUCAUUAUGCCCGGCUUUGCAUCCCAGCAUCAGUCAUGUAUGGACAAAACAGGUCCACGAGGAUCCUUCCAUCCCGGCCCUCUUUCUGGCCUGGGCUCCCCAGACCUGGUUCUCGCGGGCUGGGGUUGACGGAUUUGCUGUCACAUUCUCAGAUAGCCGGACAGCUGUCUUUGGGGUUGAGGGAGACCUCGACAACGAAGAACAGAUUACCGAAUGGGGCACAUUUGAGGCCAGACAGAUGAUUGAAGUAUGGUUUGUGGCAUUGGCCACGAUCCCACAGUCACUGUCGACGACAAUCCACGAUGAAACACCUGAGAAAGAGUCCCAGCAAGGGGUCUCGUUCAUGUUCACGGGAAAUGACUUUGGGUCGCUACAUACCCGUCGAUUCGAAAAGAAUCACGAUCAGCAAGAAGAAGAGGAAGAGGAACAGGAGGACGACGAUAGUACGGAAGAACCACUCGCUCCACUGCUCCUCGACCAUGACGACCGUGCCCGCCACCAUACGGCUGGCGUGACAGCCAUUCUCCCCUCCCAGUCCCGUCUGCGUGUAUACCACGCCACGCGGCCAGGAGCCGUUCUCGCGGAACAGGGUCUUGGGGGCGGCGUAUGGCGGCUCCAGAUGCUAGACUCGACGCAAAUCUCCGACUCAGGAUAUUAUCAGCGGAUUAUCGAGUGGCAGUUCUUGGUGCUGGCCAGCUGUAUGCAUGCGGGGACAAGAGUGGUUCGCGUUACUUGCAAGCAGCAAGACCAAGACCCGGAGUGGGAAAUUGAGGUGCUGGCGGAGUUUACGGAACAUGAGAGCAUGAAUUAUGCCAGUAGCGUUUGGGCAGGCUCACAGGGAGGGUCGUCGUCGCUACUUUGCGUGUCGAGCAGUUUCUAUGAUCGACGGGUUUGCGUGUGGAGUGUAGAGGUAUAG